AUGUCUGGACUCAGCAAAGAUUAUAUUAAAUAUCAAAAUAAUACUUUGGAAGAUGUAGUUAAAAAACUUGAAAUACUUUAUAAAGACACAAUCCAUGAAUUAAAAGCAAUUAGCACUGCAGUAGAGUUGGGUGCUGAUAUCCAAUUGGUAGCCGUAAUGAAACACUAUUUUAUCCCAGAAAUCAAUAAAAGUCAAGGAAAGAAAUAUACUGUGCAAACAUUCAAAAUCAGUGAGGUAAAAGUCAGUUAUGAUACCAAAAAAAAAUUUGAAGAUAUCUCUCAAUUAUGUAAAGAUAGAAAUAGUGUUCAUAAAUAUAUAGAAAUAAUUAAUAGAUAUAUUAAUGAUGUAAAAAUUGUUAAUAAUCUUUAUCCUGAAUCAAAGAAAUAUAUCGAUAAAUUCAAAGGUACUGUUGUCAAAGUCUUCCAUGAAAUCAAAUCAGAUCCAGAAUUCAUACAAAAAAUAAUAAAAUGCACAUUCACAAACAAAUCAUAA